ACACUGCCCAAGUGUGUAGUGCAGGCUAUCGAGCAGCUCACUCACUCCUCAUGCUCACUGCUCACUGCUCACUCCUCACUCCUCACUCCUCACUUACUAAUCUUUUUGACUUAUCCACUAAAAUCUGAAACUCCCAAUUCAAAUCCUUAAAAGAUUUAUUUAAUUAAGCUCUCAAAAAUGGUUGUAAGAAGCUGCAUUGUGGUAUUAUUCAUCAUUUUUGAAGUUACUGAUUCUGCGCUCAUUCUUCCUGGACAACACCCUGACCCAGAAGCCAUAGCGAACCAACUUCACAGAAAGGUGAAUGCUUCUAUAACAAGAAGACAUCUAAGUGAAGACCAAGUUCCAAACUGUGCAACUGGUAAUCCAAUCGACGAUUGUUGGAGAUGUGAUCCGAAUUGGGAAAAUAAUCGACAAAGAUUGGCGGAUUGUGGCAUUGGAUUUGGGCAAUAUGCUCUAGGCGGAAAAGGUGGUGAAUUUUAUAUAGUCACGGAUCCUUCUGAUCACGAUCCUGUCAAUCCUAAACCCGGUACACUUCGCUAUGCUGUUAUUCAAACUGAGCCUCUUUGGAUCAUCUUUGCUUCCAACAUGAUUAUUCACCUUUCUGAGGAGCUAAUUUUCAAUAGUUACAAGACAAUAGACGGACGAGGAGCGGAUGUGCAUAUAACCGGAGGAGGAUGCAUAACCUUACAAUUCAUAAGCAAUGUGAUAAUCCAUAACAUCCACAUCCACCAUUGCUAUCAAUCUGGUAAUACCAUGGUCAGAUCUAGCCCGACCCAUUAUGGUCUUCGGGGUUUAUCAGAUGGGGAUGGAAUCUCCAUAUUUGGAUCCAAGGAUCUUUGGAUUGAUCAUUGCUCAUUGUCCCAUUGUAAAGAUGGGCUUAUCGAUAUCAUAAUGGGCUCGACUGGGAUCACUGUGUCCAACAACCAUUUCUCCCACCAUAAUGAGGUCAUGCUUCUCGGCCAUAGUGAUACAUAUGAGCCCGAUACAGGAAUGCAGGUGACAAUUGCAUUCAACCAAUUUGGGCCCAAGUUAAUACAAAGGAUGCCAAGAUGUAGGAAAGGGUAUAUACAUGUUGUAAACAAUUACUUCUUACAAUGGGAGAUGUAUGCAAUUGGAGGAAGUAGCAAUCCCACCAUUAAUAGCCAAGGAAAUCGUUACAUUGCUCCUUAUAAUCCUUUUGCCAAAGAGGUGACAAAGAGGGUGGAUAGCAAUGAGAAGGAUUGGAAAGGAUGGAAUUGGAGAUCGGAAGGAGAUGAAAUGGUGAAUGGUGCAUAUUUUGUGGCAUCAGGAGCAGGAGUUGAGGUCAAAUAUGAGAAAGCUUAUAGUGUCGAACCUAAAUCAGCUUCCUUCAUUGAUCAACUCGUCAUGUACGCUGGCGUUCUCGGAGAUAGGAGACACAACUUGGGGAAGUGGACAGCAGGACCGGGCGAUAAAUCAGAAUUAGAUACAAAUGAUUAUGAUUAUGAUUAUGGAGGCACUUCUUCAUCAUUUUCUCCCCCAGCUUACAUCCUUGUAUUUCUUUUGUUAAUUUUGUCAUUCCUUUAUUUGUAUAUCAUUCCCAACAUUAACCUUCUAUGACAUACAUUUUGGAAACAACUUCUCCCUGAUUUUCGGCUAGUUUUAAGGACUUUUUGGACUAAAGUAAUUGUUAGCAAUCUACGUAGCUGUGAACAGCAAUAGCUAGACAUGUUUAGCUGUGAGUAGCACUAGUUGUUUAACUUAUUAUUUAAAGUAUUAUUGUCGACAGAAAUAGCUGUCAGAAUAUAAUAUGUUGUUUUAACUAA